AUGAAUUCCAAUAAUUAGAUUGAAUUCUACUUGAAUUCAUAACAAGUGGAUUUUAUUUAAAUGAAAUUGCCCUAGGGUUUCUCCUUACACUUGGCUAGUCUAAUUCAUUAGAGGGAAUAAAGGAUUGUAAUAUUUGCAUAUAUCAUAUCAAGUCUAAAAAAGUUUCCAAGUUUGAUGCAACAUUCAAGAAUCAUAAAUUGGAAUAGACAAGCCAGGAAGAUGUAGUACCAAGAAGGGCAUAAAGAAUACAACCUC